UCAUUGUCAUAAAAAUUUUAACAAAUAAUAAUUUCCUAAUUGGAUUGAAAUUUUAAGGAUUUCACGACAUUCAUUAUUAUGUUUGUGUUGUAUGACAUCUCCAAAUCGCCAGCCAAGCAUGGAGAUUUUGACAAUAACCCUCCAGUCUUGGAGAAGGGGCUAUGCCCAGCCCGGAGGGUUUUUUACUCUAUACUCACAAAAACGUACGAACAAGAGAUGUCGUGUAAUCGGCAUGUUUAAUACAACGAUAUACUUAGAUAGUUUUUCGUGAUAUAGAGUGCCCCCCCUACAGUGUAAUUUUUUACGGGCAGUGUGUUGGUACAUCUUAAAUGUUGUACCUAUUAAUGGUUACCUACAAAAACCAGUAGAUAUUAAAAUUAAGUAUAUAAGUUAAGUAGGUAAGAUAAUUCAGUAAAACUUUCGUUAAGCAAGAUAAACCAUAAAUGGCAGUAGGUAUUUUUUUUAUUUUUAGGCAUCAAAUAACUACAAACCUAAAAACAUUAUAAAGAAGACCGGAAAACAAAUCAAAUCCUGAUAACAGAGUACAAAUACAUUUAGCAGAAAUAGCUCCAUAGACAUGCCUAGAAACAUAUACAAUGUAAUCCAAAUCAAGUCUCUUUUGCACAAGCUUUUCUAUUCAUGCACGUUUUACACUCACACCUACACUACACUCAAUAUACAAUGCGCAGCGAAGUUUUAUGUUGUACCCGCCAAGCCGUGAUGACAAAGGUUGAAGCCCCAUUGGAAAUAGAAGCAAAGGUUCCUGCCGCCAUGCUGCCGUCGACGUCAAAAUUCGUCCCGAAGAAGGCUGUGCGACUUCUUGCUAUGCGAAUCUUUGACACUGGCACGGUCACUGACAUUAGCACCAAAGAUGGACCAGCAGUUCUGUCUGCGCUGGAACAACCACCCCAACAACCUGACGGACGUGCUGGCCAACCUGCUGCAGCGGGAGGCCCUGUGCGAUGUCACCCUCGCCUGCGACGGAGAGAUGGUCAAGGCGCAUCAAACCAUUCUGUCGGCAUGUUCGCCGUAUUUCGAGAGUAUAUUCAUGCAGAACAACCACCCACACCCCAUCAUCUUCCUCAAAGAUGUCCGCUUUUGCGAGAUCAAGUCCCUGUUGGACUUUAUGUACAAGGGUGAAGUGAAUGUGGGACAGAAUAUGCUGCCGAUGUUCCUAAAAACCGCUGAAAGCUUACAAGUUAGAGGCCUAACAGAAAAUAGUACUUUAAAUCCUAAGUCUACCCUUGAACAGUCGGAAGACCGUUCCACGCCGUCGGUGACAGCCGAGAACCUGUCCUCUCGCGGGGACUCGUUCGCCACGCCGCCGGCGGCCCACGCGCCCGCGCCGCCCGCCGCGCCGCCGCUGCCGACGCCUCCGGAGAAGCGCCGCAGGAAGAAUUCCAGUGCGCCUAGGGAUGAUGUGGAUCUGUCGUAUCAUCGCUAUGAGGAGAACCGUCGCAAGAACAACUCCAGCGCGCCCAGAGACGACGUGGACCUGUCGUACAACCGCUACGAGGGCCACUACAAAUCCGUGAAGGCGGGGUCCACGGGGUCGGGGUCGGAGCCGUCCACCCCGCCCCCCGCGCACGCCCCGCGCCUGCCCGCGCGCUCCCCCGCGCCCCCGCCGCCCCCACACGUCAAGCAGGAGCCCGAGUACCAGCCGCCGCACUAUGAACACAGCCAUAUACCGGCGAUCGGAGUGACGGAGAUGGCGUCGAUGCUGCAGCAGCACGCGCUGAGCAACGAGGGGACAGAGGGCGACCAGAUGCUGCCCCCGCACCCUGACCAGACUGACACCAUCGAUGGUGAAAUGAACGAAGGUGACGAAAACUGUAAACCUCUAGAGUUGUUCGGUAGGCAGGUUCUUAAAGUAGACAAGUUAGUGAAUAGUUACAAUAAGUUGUCGCAGGAUUAUAAGCCUUACGGUCUGCCGGUGUCUUGUCACGUGUGUGGGAAGGUGGUGAGCAACAUUAAAAAGCACAUGAAGUCGCAUAAUCCCGAGCAGCACAAGUGCCCGCUGUGUCCGAUAGUGCUGACCCGCGCCGACAACCUCAAGCGGCACCUGCGCAUGAAGCACUGCUCGGUGCUCGGCCCCAGCAACGUCGCCAAUAUCAUGUCCUAGACACCGACCCCUAGCUUCAUAGGCUGUGACUACCUCCCACAUUUACCAGUGUUAUAUCCAAAUGUAAAACGUGUGAAUAGAUGAUUGUUCAGGUCGCGGGUAUCGUCAAAGCUCUAUACCAAAGGUACUAACUGGCUUUACGCACUAACAUUCCGAAGCAACUCAGGCUAUCAUCUUCUCAUUCUUGAUCUUAACAAUACCGCCAUUGGAUCUGAUCUAACAAGUGUCGUCUGACUAACGUACUAUUUAUGUAGAUUUAAGGUGUGUUGUGUUUCUUUCUUCGCCUAAAUUAAGCAAAUAUAUUGGAAUACUCAUUUGUAGGUACUAUCACAUUGAAGCGAAAUUGCUUUCGAAAUCAUGUUGAACUUUAACUCCAAUCAGGUAAUAUUUACACAAGCAUUAACGAAAAUCAACUAAGUUUGUUUAUCGUAUGAACGUGCAUUUUCGCUUUUAUGCUGACAGUUAUCUGCACCAUCAUAACAAAAUUACUACGAAAAUAAAAUUACCCUUUUCGUUACGAUGAUUACGUGAAUUACUUUUCUUAUUCGAUAACCUUGCAUGGUUUCCGUUGGGUCCGUGUGACAACAUCGUAAAGUAGGAUUGCAUUUACUUAUCAUUUUCGUUUUUAAAUGUUGAGGGUUAUUAUUUUCGUUGUGAUUUUUAACUAAUUAUCAUAAUGUUAUGUGUUAUUGUAAAAAUCUGAUUAAAUAGUUAUCCAAAAAUAAUAGUAUUAAUGAUUGUAUUUUAGACUUUGGUGGAAUUUAUGUCGUAAUAACAACCCCCUUUUU